UGACCCUCUUCGUUUCAACUUGUUUUAGCUAGGAUUGUAUAUAAUAUUUUCUUUCCAAUAAAGCGUUCAGUGCUCUUACUUGUGCCUCUUUCACUGUCAAAAUUGACAAAUCUGUCCCAUUGAUCUGGUCGAAGAACAUGCGAAAAAAUUGCCCAAAAAACACAAGAAAAAGACUAAAUCAAAAGCCAAGUCCAAAUCAAACAAGUCCAAAAAGAUGCCCGAAACGGCAAACAAUAGCUGUUACAAGGUGAUCGAAGUCCAAAAUCCAAUCAGUUACGUGCAUAUCGAGUACGAGUUGUUCCCAAAAAAAUUCAAGUACGGCGCUGAUGUUGUUUGUUGGGGACCUGUCGCUAAAAUUUUUACGAAAAAUGGCGCCAAAGUCUUAAGGACUGUGACAACAAAUAACACAGUGUGGGUCCCUGUGUUUUUGGAACAUUACCUAAACCCGGUACCGACUGAAGAAAUUCGCAAGCUGCUAAAUCAAGUCAUUAGUGUUCACAUUAAGACAGGUAAAAGUAGUGUUGGAGCCAAAGUCAAAGCGGACAAGAAGAAGAUUUUUUACUUGCACAAGGACGAUUUUCAUAAUGAUUUUUUCGCCGAAUUGUACACCGAUAAGCCGAUUGAUAAGGAGGAGGUCAGGAAGAACGCCAUCCAGCGCAUUUUACUAAAUUUACUCAACUUUCCGGUGAACCAUGAAAUUGUCUCGUGGGUUUACAACAUGGAUGACGUUCAUGCACACAAAAUUUGCCAAAUUAUAAUCCGACGUUCGGUUGGGGAAGAAAUUCGUUGUAAGGAAUUUUGCGCUGAGGAAAAAGUUGCCAAAAAAGACAAAAAGAAGAGGAAGAAGAAAGAAACGAAAAAAUCAGGCGGGAAUUACAAAACUGAUUUAAAAAUACCCUCACAUGUGCUCCUAUCAGACCCUUUACUGUCAACGUUUCAAGUGCGGGAAACCGGAAACAGACUGCGCCAAAUUUUCAUUUUAAUGAGCAGCGAAAAUAUUUUAACAACUUUCCAGAAGCAGCAAUUGUGCCCCUUGGUUGUGAAAAUUCGCAAAAUCAGCCAUUUACCAUUCGAGAUUUUGACACGGAACGGUUUUUCACAAAUCUACCUGAACUGUGAAAUCCCCGACGUUUGUGAGUUCAAAACGGCCAUAAAGCCAGUUUGUGACACCGUUCACUUCGACGAAUCUCGUUUUGUGAUCACUAGUGACCUUCCGGAAAUCAAAAUUUUGGAAAUGUUGCAAACAAGACGCGCUAUUUUGAAAAUUUUAGGUGUCCGCAGUGUCUCAACCAAAAAUCUGCUUCAACGAAAAGGGAAUAAAAAGAAAAAUAAGAAAAAAGAAAAAUUAAAUCAGGACAAAACUGGCGACGACGUGGCUUUAGCAGUGGCCACGUUCGACCUCAGUGCCUUAAUAAAAUCCUUUCAUCUGUUCAAAGAGAAGGGCCAGUGCUAUAACAUGCGAUCAGUAACAACGGAGAAACCCCCAAAACUUGACAGCUAUCUAAUGGACCGGAGGUUUACGAUCAAUGAGUUAAAUUUGACCGAGUGUGCAAAAAAUGGGCCCAAUUCGCUGCUAGCCGACCCUGUUUUGUUCUGGAAGGGCACAACGGUGAAAUUUGAGGCCCAUUUUCUGGCCCCGCCACACCCCUUGUUCCACAUCAAAGGGGCUAGUAACAGUUACAGGCGCCUUUUGGUCAUUAUUUUCAACCAUGGGGUUGCCAAAUCCCUCUUUGAUAACCUCCUCAAACACAAUUAUGGGAUUCUGGGCCCGGGGCCCCUCCUCAUCCCCAAUUUCCUCGCCCAGAAGCGCUACUCUGUAAACCCGGAUCAACUAAACUUAGAGAAGGAACAAGUUUUGUCUGGGUUUUGCGUUGACGACGACAACAGUGUUAUUUUUUAUAUUGAGGGCCCCUCGAACGGCUAUUUCCUCGAACUGGUGCACCAGAUAACUGGCUUGAACUACUCAACGGCUAGAGUGUUCUACAACUCGGAAUAUUUGUUUGAGGAAAGGCUCUAUCAAACGUUCCAGAAAAAUUUUGGUUUUUUGAUCAUUACGUUAAAGUUGCCACUUGUUGAUAUUUUUACGCAAGAGAAGACCUACAUCGAAGGGAACGUCCCGGUUCAUUGCUUCAAAGCCAUUCAAAAGCUGAAUUUGAUUCUACAUUCAAGCACUUUUAAGUCGAUUUUGAGCCAUAGUUUGGUGCCGACCGAAAUUGAGUUAUUGUCAUUCUCGGUGGAGUAUGGGUACCAGGUCCGGUACCACUUCAAACAGUUGAAAAAAAGCAGUCUUUUCGAUGUGAAAACCAAAAACGUGGACUUGUUUGGCCAAAAAAGAGCUUAAAAAUUGUUCCUUUACAUGUGGUAUGCAACUAGCAAUACCGGCAUUGAGCAAUGAGUAAUAUUACUGGUUGCAUAAGUGCGCAAAUGAUGUAAUUAAAGAUUUGUUUUUAUGCUGUACGAAACAAUCUUUGGCCCCUUUUGACGUAAUUAUUAAUUAAUAAAUGUCCUGAUAA